AUGGAUUGCUCAAUUUGUGAUCGUAGCUUUGCACAAUCGACCGGUCUUAUCAAACAUUAUCAGGCUAAGCACCGAAAUGCCUACUGCGGGCGGUGCGAACGUGUAUUCAGCAAAUCCAAGGGUCUCGAACAACAUCUUUCCAAUUCAUCUAGUCAUCACAGAUGCGAGGAGUGCCUCUCGAAACCUGACUUUCCGUCCGCAGAGCAAUUGCUAGACCAUCGAAAGCAGUGCCACCAUUACUGCGCGCCCUGCGAUAGGUUAUUCGCUGCUCGAAUCAGCUUGGAACAGCAUGAGAACACUGUACACAAUGUAUGCCGUGAUUGCGGCAGGAGUUUCGAUUGGCCUGAUAAUCUGAGAAACCACGAACGGAUUCAUGCGCCUAAGAACAUUCCGUGCCCAGGGUGUCGAAGCAAGUUCGACCGACAUUCGGCUAUGGUGCUCCACCUCGAAGCAGGGUCAUGCCCGUCGGGGGUUAACUCCGAAGACGUCGACGAUAUCGCAAAGGAAUGCACACAGUCUCAACAUUAUAUUUCGACCGAUGCUAAUUUCGACUACUGUUGUCCUCAGUGUCAAGUUCCCUUUACUUGGAUGAGUGGCGUUCUUCAGCACGCAGAAAGCGAUGCUUGCGACAUAGGCCUAGGAAGACACUCUCAACUAGGAAAGUUCCUUCAUUUCCUACGUCGCAGGAUUUAG